GUAUGACAGAAUAAUGACAAGAUAAGCAGUUCAUUUUGUGAUUUUGUGUUUCAUUUUCAUUCACAGGAUUCAAGUUUGAAGUAGUUUUUGUGUUUGUGUUUGUGUAAAGUGUAAUUUUUUAUAAAUCCAACAACGUUAAAUGCUUCUAACUUUUAACUCUCCCUCUAAUGAAUAACAAUGGAUACAGGACAUCCACUCCUUGUCAACAACUCGGAUCAUGCUAGCAUAGAAAUAAAUCAGAGCCCGUUUACAUUAGGAAGGGGUCUUAAUUGCAACUGCCUGAUUACCAGUCCACUCGUAUCUCGGGAGCAUUGCAGCUUGGAGAAGACUGCAAAUGGUUGGUGUGUGAGAGACAAGAGUACUAACGGCACAUAUGUUAACCAAACUUCAAUAAAAGGUGUUCUAAGCGACCCAUUAAAAUCAGGUGACGUGAUACAACUAAGUUGUCAUCAUAAAUACACCUUUCAAAAUGGUCCUAACGAUGAUAGCAUUAGCGAUGAACAAUUGUGCAGAAUAGCAGAUACAGUGUUAGAAACUAUCGAAGUAGCUGCCGACACUUCACUAUCAGCUCCACCUCCUGAACCUUAUCCUGUUACGCUACAACUUGAUGUGUAUCCAGAUUCUUCUGUACCCCGUCCUAUUAGACACCCGGUUAGUGAUACUUUUCAACCGUCAAAACGAUUAAAAACGAUCAAUUUAAUCCCCUCCACUUCCGUUUCAACUAAUGUUAUUGAUUUAACAGUAGAUAAUUUUAUUGAAAUCGAAAACCGCCGUGAUCCAUCUACUAGUACCAAUGUUAACGGCGAAUCUCUCGAGACCAUUACACUGGACGAUAGUAGUAUCCAGGUAAUAUCCACAACGGUCCCUUCCGCCACUGAGAUGGUGACGGUAGAAACAGUUUGUUCAGUGGAGGUGCAAUCUUCGAAAAUUAAUAAUAGUCAAACGGCGUGUACUAGUGAUACAAAUAUGGGGCAGAUAGAGUCCCAUAAACCCGAGAGCGACAGUAACAUGAUGUCCGAAUCUCAGAUGGAGAAUGAACUACAGUGUGCCAUUUGCGCCGAAAUGUUCGUCAAGGCAUCGACACUCAAUUGUUCGCACACGUUUUGCAAAUUUUGUAUAGACAAGUGGAAGGAAAAACAGACGAUUUGUCCGAUCUGCAGAACCAAAAUCACCUCUCAAGUACCAACCCUAGUCUUAGAUAAUUUUAUAGAAAAGAUAAUACAAGGUUCUGCACAAGAUAUACAGGACCAUAGAAGAGAAUUGCUAAACGAAAGGGCGCAGAUGCAGAAGCACCAGCAAAAUCUGUUAGAACAACAACAACAACCACGUUCAGAUACGAGACGACAAGGGAGAGGCAGGCGAGUUCAGGUAGCAUUCGAUCCCGAGCCGGUCGUUAUGGAUGGGGAUGAUUCGUCUUCUAGCAGCGACACAACGUCCACUGAGUCCGACAGUGGACAAGAAGACGCCGAAUUUGAGGAUAACUACUGGAACGACGACUGGAGUCUUGAUUCCGAAGAUGAAGAUGUUUUCAGUAGUUAGGUAGUAAAAGUUAUUUGGAAGAUAUUUGUGAUAUAUUUUGCAGCCUUGAAUAUUGAUAAACAUGUAUGAAACGUAUAGAUUUUAAAAUGAACUGUUCUGGAAAAACGAUAAAAAUCAAAUCAAUCGGAAUCAAGGUAGACCUAAUCAAACCUAGAUUUUAUGUAGUCUACCUAUAUAUUACAUAUCUUUAUAUCAUCUUUAUAUAACUGUUAUAUUUUAUUGUUUUUGCAUAAAUAUUGUACAUAAUAAAAGUUCACGUUGGUUUGAUAUUUAAUUGCCAAAUAUUUGUAAAAAUCAAAAUAAAUAUGAUCUUAGUUUAGGUAAUUUUCUACCAAAAAUAAAUAUUAAUUUU